AUGAGCAGCAGCAAUUUAUCUGAUACAAAUAACACCAGCACCAAUAGCAUCAGCUCCAAUGAAGAGAACGAUUUCUUUGGCUGUAUGGAAUGCGACGACCUGUUUCAAGAGACCGAUGAGCAGCAGGCAAAACGUUGUCAAGCACAGCGUUAUGUAGAACAGUAUGCAGAACGGGAUUGGGGAUUGGCUGCCCGACAGCGGCGUGUUCAGGGCACCGACAAGGACGUAGUGACGGAAAACGUCCUGACGCUUCGCACCAACAGAAAACUUGUCUUUCUGGAAAAACAGGGACAGCAAGCCAAGGUCUGGGACUGUGCUCUGGUACUAGCCAAGUUCUUGGCGAAUGACACGUACUUCCCUCCUGACUUUUUCGUGAACAAGCGCGUGAUUGAAUUGGGCUGCGGCAUUGGCGUGCCCGGAUUGGCUACUGCUGCAUUAGGUGCAAAGGAGGUCAUUUUAACCGACAUGCCAAUGGCGGUUCCCUGGAUCCAAGUUAACAUUAAGCGGAAUCAGACGCUUGGUUUCAUUGCCGGCAAUGUAUGUGCCAAUGGAUUAAUGUGGGGUGAGCAAGAAACACUGAAAUUGCAGCAGCAUUUUGAUGUCAUUCUGUGCUCGGAUCUGGUUUACGGCCAUCGCGAUAUCUCGCUCAAGCUAGUGAAGACCAUGGUGCAGUUAUCAUACCCCAAUACCCUCGUGAUUUCUGCGCAUGAAGCGAGAUUUGCUGGAGACCGUGGGGAUUCCUUCUUUACUUUGCUACGCGAGCAUCAUUUUCAAGUAAACGAAGUGCCACGUGAACAUCUUCAUGCUGUCUAUAAUGCCGUCAAUGUGCAUCUGCAUCUGAUUCGACCGCCGUCGACUUUGACUCAGAUAGCCAUGUGUAAUUAA